UCUCCCCUUUCGUCGCCUCUCGUUGGCCGCGGCGUAGCGCAUUCACCUUCCUCUGUACCGGAUCUUCCGCCCGCGUGCGCAGCCCUGCAGACGCGGAAUAGAGUUUAAAUGAGCGACAGAGUCUUCUGGGGUCACUUACCAAGACUAAUCUUAACGUGAGAAGGAACCCCAGAGGAAGAGGAAAGCAAGGAGUCAGAAAUGACUCAUGCCGAGGGAUGCCUGACGUUCCAGGAUGUGGCCAUAGACUUCACUCAAGAGGAGUGGGAAUGCCUGGACCUCAGUCAGCGGGAAUUGUACAGGGACGUGAUGUUAGAGAAUUACGGGAACCUGGCCUCCUUGGGGCUUAUCUCUAUGCUGGACCUGGUCACCUUUCCGGAGCAAUUGAAGGAUCCCAGGAAUAUAAGGAGAAUGGAGACAACAGCCAUUUACCCAGCUAUGUCUCCACAGGACACCCAGAAUUUGAUGCCAAAGAAUCCAGCGUUAGAAGAAGUAUUCCCAAAAGGAAACCUAGGAAUAUAUCAAAUAUUUCACCUCAGAAACUUAAAUUUAAUGAAAGAUCGGGGAUAUACGAGGGUAAAUGAAAAACAGAGAGGAUGUUUCUAUGGACAUAAAGAAAUGGAGACAGUGACACAUAAUGCUAACAUUACUGGCAAAAGAAAUGAGCAGCAUGAGUCAGAUUGGGAAAAACACCAACUUCAGUCUUCAACAUCUGCUGAGAAGUGUAAGUGUUUAAGAAAAGAUUUCCAUCCUUUUUUGAAACAUACAUGUUCUCUAAAAGAAAACGUGGAAAAUCUGGAAGAUAAUCUAGUCUCUACUGCAAAUACUCAUUCUGAACAAAGGCUUCGACUAAACAUACAUUCAAGCGUGUCUGAACACCUACAAUUUAACAAUGAGUGUGAAAACUCACAAUCUAAUCAAUUUGAGGGAUCCGUGAGCAGGGUGUCAUUAUUCUUUCCCCAAGAGAUAUUUUCUCUCCAUUCCAAGAUGUAUAAUGUUGAUGAUAAUGGAAGAGAUGCAAUCCAACCAUCAUUGUUCAAUACAUAUCGUGAUAUGGUUAAUACACAACAACUUUCCAUAUAUAAUAAAAUGAGUCUGACCUUAAGUAAGAGCUCCAGCUCCAAUAAUUACAAGAAUAUUUAUGGUGGACUGAGAAGAUAUUCAGGCAAUGAAACUAGGUAUACAGUUGAAGGAGACUCAAACCUUAUGAAACAUCAGGGACCCGAAUCCUCAAACAAGGAUUCUAAAAGCAAUAAAUGUAGAAAUACCUUUGAUCAAAUGUCAGGUUUUUCUCUAGAUAAGAGUAUUUGUACUGGAGAGAGGACUUGUAGUGAAUAUAGUAAGGUUUCUAAUCACUGUUCAGACCUUAGUCAACAGGACACUGUUCAGAAUCCCCAGAAAGAAAACAAGUGUAAGAUACGUGAGAAAGUAUUUAGUAAGUCAUCCAGUCUAAGUAGACAUAGGAAACUUCAUACAAGAAGGAAACCUGUCAAGUGUACAGAAUGUAGCAAAGCAUUUAACUGUCACUCACUUCUUACUCGACAUCAGCGAAUUCAUGCUGGAGAGAAACCUUAUAAAUGUGCAGAAUGUAGCAAAGCCUUUACUUACAACUCAGAACUUAUUGAACAUCAGCGAAUUCAUACUGGAGAGAAACCUUAUAUAUGUAAAGAAUGUAACAAAGCCUUUCGUUGUUCCUUUUUUCUUACUCGACAUCAGCGAAUUCAUGCUGGAGAGAAACCUUAUAAAUGUACAGAAUGUAGCAAAGCCUUUACUUACAACUCAGAACUUAUUGAGCAUCAGCGAAUUCAUACUGGAGAGAAACCUUACAUAUGUAAAGAAUGUAACAAAGCCUUUCGUUGUUCCUCAUUUCUUCGUCGACAUCAGCGAAUUCACACUGGAGAGAAACCUUACAAAUGUACAAUAUGUGGCAAAGCCUUUACUUACAACUCAUAUCUUACUCAACAUCGGCGAAUUCAUACAGGAGAGAAACCUUAUAAAUGUACAGAAUGUAGCGAAGCCUUUAUCAGUUCCUCAUAUCUAACCCAUCAUCAGCGAAUCCAUACUGGAGAGAAGCCUUAUAUAUGUAAAGAAUGUAACAAAGCCUUUCAUCGUUGUGCAGCUCUUACUCGACAUCAUCGAAUCCAUACUGGGGAAAAACCAUACAAAUGUAAAGAAUGCGGCAAAGCCUUUAUUAGGAGUUCGACCCUUACUCAACAUCACCGAAUUCAUACCGGGGAUAGACGUUAUAAAUGUGCAGAAUGUGGCAAGGCCUUUAUGAAGUGUUCUCAUCUUAAUUAUCAUCGGCGCACGCAUACUGGAGAGAGACCAUAUAAAUGUACUGAAUGUGGCAAAGCCUUUUAUCAGAACUCAUGUCUUACUCAGCAUCGCCGAAUACAUACUGGAGAGAGACCUUAUGAAUGUACUGAAUGUGGCAAAGCCUUUGGUCGGAGUGCUUAUCUCACUAAAUCUGAGAACACACACUGGAGAGAAACUCUAGUAAUGGAACAGUGAUAGCAGAGGUUUGCCCUAAACAUGGAUCAGAAAACACAAGAGCUUAUACAAAAAAACAAUGGAAAUGAUGUAACCAAUAUGUAUCUAAUCAAGUAUUUAAUCAAAAGUUAAAUCAAAAUAAAUAUCAGAGAUUGCAUACUAGAAGGCAUUUCAUCAAUCUUGUUUUCAGAAGUUUCUCUAAAGGAGAAUGACUGUAGGGAAUACUCCAUAGAUAAAACACAUAGAAAAUGGAUAUAUUAGCAUGAAUCAUGAGAUGAAGGUUGAUGGUUAGAAAGUUACAAUUCUUAGCAAUGUAUGUAUGCUUGUUAAUAAUGACGUGAUUUGAGAUUAUUGGAAAUAAAUGUAAUUCAUCACUCAAAUAA